AUACAGGAGUAUGAGUAUCGGUCGACUUCGGCCUCUGCAGCGGCUUUUUCAAGCGCGAUGUUUCGCUUCGGACAACUCGGAUUCUCGCAGAGGGGACACCGGUGCCCUUGAUAGUUUUCAUAUGACUCCGCUUGGAGAUUCAGAUGUACCACAACGAAGUAGAAUAAGCUUUCUAUCGACAGAAAUGACGGAAGCCAAACAAGUCGGAGUGCGAGGGCUCUCAUGCUAUGGAUUUCGCCUGCUGGAUGGCACUUUCUUAUAUGGACCAGUGGCGCUGUUUCCAAAAUCUGUUUUGUCUUGGCGUGUACACACACCCGCGGACAUCACUCCUCGUUCUCUCAGUCUGUUCGCAAUGCUGGAACCAAAGAUUGACAUCCUCGUUAUUGGAGCUGGUGAUAAGAAAAAUAUUGACAAAGUGCGGUCACAAGUCGUUGGAUUCCUUCGUGAGCAUCAUAUCGGCCUUGAAAUUUCAGACACUGAAGAUGCUAUUGCUACAUUUAACUUCCUGAAUGCCGAAGGUCGCUAUGUUGCAGCUGCAUUGUAUCCUCCUGAUGAUAUGGUUGUAACAGAUGCCGAAUAUGGCAGAGUGAUGAAUCUGCUGAAGGGUUGGGACACACUCGAUGAGCAUCCUCUACUCAUGGGGUUGAACGACUCUAUCAAUCAAACCGAAGAUCUCGUCAAAAAGCUAUGGAGCGGCAAAGGUGACUACAAGGCCGUUCGCGAUAGGAUCCUCGCUUCUCCUGAAGAACGUGAAGCUAUGUAUCUUGAAGCUGUCGAGAAGAAGAAACAGAAGAAAUUACUGGGCAAGCCUGAGAAAAAUAAGUCUGAGGACAAGGACAAGUGAUUUGAUUGCAUGUAAAUAUUUUUGAAAUGCAUAAAUAUGUAGAAUAGGGACGAAAC